AUGCUCGACCCACAAUACGGGAACACGUUUGAUGACAGCAACUUCUUUCGGCAACAGUGUGUGGAGCAGCCCUUCUUCAGGAGCCGCGGCUCUGAGGCCGGAGACGUCGCCGUCGGAAGUGGUGCCACGUCAUCACCUGCCUACCCACAACUUACCAGGUAUGAGCACAGCGCCGCCACCGCAACCUCGGCCAGCCCCUUGGCUUCCGAGAUUGACAGCACUGAUCGGGCAGCCCCAGACUCGUCCCACCCCGGUGGCACCUUCUGCGAGGACGACGUCCCGGUGUCGGACGUGAAGACUUCGACAGACGGUGCCGCUACUCUUAUCUCCCCGUGUGGUGGCACCGGUAAUGAUCGGAGGGGGAGCUCUGUGGGCAGUUCUGCCAAUGGAGCGGGUGACACUGGCUCGGCCAGUACUGCCGUCGGAAAGCCACCGUUCCAGUACGAGGAGCUAAUUGCUAUGGCUAUAAUGAAGUCACCGCACAGGAGGGCAACGCUGUCGGAGAUUAAUGCCUACAUUGCGAGCUGCUUCCCAUAUUUCGACCGCAACAAGAAGAGCUGGCAAAGCUCAAUACACUGCAAACUGUGCUUCAGCAAGUACUUCAUCAAAGUGCCACUGGAGAGCAGGACCUACAAGGGCAAGCGCUUCAACUACUGGAUGCUCGACCCACAAUACGAGGACAUGUUUGAGCACGGCAACUUCUGUCAACGACAGCACGCGAAGCAGCCCUCCUCCUCCAGGAGCCGCGGCAGUGAGGGUGUAGAUGUCAGCAUCGGAGGUGGUGGCGUGUCGUCGUCUGGCGACCCCCACUGUGCCAGCUACGAGCACAGUUGUGAGCGGCACCAAGCCGUGACGUGCUGUACGGGCGAGGUGCACAAAUCACCUGCGAAGGGAGGUCGCGUGGAGGCGAAGGGCCGGCAAACCCCCGGAUACGGCCGUCGUGCUGAAACAGUCGCGAUCGAGUGUGUGGGGGCCCAGUCGUGUGUGUACUACUCUCCUUCCCAGCUAAAAAGCAGUGGCCCACCGGGAAGGAGGCCGGUGGAGGUGCGACGGGCCGACGUCGUGGCGGGAGAGGACUCGCUGUAA